AUCUUUUGUUAAACACAUACUAGUUCAUUUUUCUUAAAUGAAAAAUAUUUUUGUACGGUUAGCGACUUCGGUCUCAUGAGAAGCAUUGACAUACGACAUGCAACUCUUUUGUGUGAAGGCGAAAAACUGGAACUAAGACAACUGUCGUGACGUAAUGGUACUAGCGAAAGGAGGGGCAGAAACUUUCAAGAAUAUGCUGAAAGCAGCUACUUUUCGACACAUUUCAAGAUGUGCGCGAUGUCAGCCUGUGGUCGCAGCGUAUCAUUCGAGGUCUGGAGUUUAUGGGUUUGUGCCUGCCCAGUCAUCAGCAAAAGACAGAAAAACAUUUUCAGAUAGUGAAAAUGCCAACAGGAUUCAAAAUGGAAACAUCGUGCGCUUAGUUGAAGCAUAUCGUCGUUAUGGCCACCGAAAAGCCCAUCUUGACCCACUGGGUCUUAAACAAAAUAGCUGGUACCCAGAACUAGAUCUGAACCAGUUUGGUGUAUCACACACUCUUGAGAGCACAGUUCCUUUAGCAGGCAUUUUCUCCGGUGGAGUUGAUAGAAUAAGAGUUGGGGAUCUGAUUGCACAGCUGGAGAAUGUCUACUGCAGCUCUAUGGGAGCUGAAUUUGAGCAUCUGCAGACAGAAGAAGAGAGAGUAUGGUUUGCAUCUGCCUUUGAGACAAGACACAACAUUCAUUUGUCAGAUGAGAGAAGAGUUGAAUUGGCCAAACUUCUUCUGCGUUGCCAGGCCUUUGACCAUUUCCUUGCCAACAAGUUCACAACAGUCAAGCGAUAUGGAGGAGAAGGUGGAGAAAGUAUGAUGGGCUGUUUUGAUGAAAUCUUCAGGAAAAGCUGCCAGUAUGACCUUCAAGAAGUUGUGAUCUGCAUGCCACACAGGGGACGACUGAAUUUUCUGGCAUGUAUGCUGAAGUUUCCACCUGUCAUCAUGUUUCAGAAGAUGAAAGGUAAAAGUGAGUUGCCUCCAAGUGCAGCAGGUGUAGGAGAUGUCCUGUCUCAUCUAUACACAUCUGUGGAUUUGUCCUUUGAAGAAAAAAGUGUCCACGUUUCUCUUAUUCCUAAUCCAUCUCAUUUAGAGGCCAAUAACCCAGUUGCUGUAGGGAAAACACGAGCUAAACAACAAAGACUUGGUGUGGGUGAAUAUAGCAGCAGUGACUCCCAGCUAAAGAACAAAGUGCUUUGCCUCCAGGUGCAUGGUGAUGCUUCCUUUGCAGGACAGGGAAUUGUUGCAGAAACUUUUGUUUUUGCCAACUGUGCUCAUUUUAGGGUUGGAGGGAGCAUUCAUCUUAUUGUCAACAACCAGGUUGGAUACACAACUGAAGCAAAUUUAGGGAGGUCAUCUGAAUAUGCAAGUGAUCUGGCAAAGGUCAACGGCUGUCCAGUCAUUCAUGUCAAUGCUGAUUAUCCAGAGGAUGUGAUUCGUGCUACCUCCAUUGCUGUGGAUUAUCAGCAAAAGUUUGGCAAGGAUGUUGUGUUGGAUCUACUGUGUUUCCGCAAAUGGGGUCAUAAUGAGUUGGAUGAUCCCACUUUCACUCAACCCUUAAUGUACCAGGCCAUCAGAAGUCGUGGCAGUAUUCCUGAUGGCUAUGCUCAGCAGAUUGUGAGUGAAGGCCUCUGUGACCGGUCAAUGCUUGAUGCAUCUGUUCAUGAAUGGAACAAGGAGCUGUUGAACAACUUGUCACAAGUUGAUUCUUAUGUUCCACAGGCCCAGCAUUUGAAAAAGCAGUGGUCAGGGUUAGAGCAAGCAUCUGGACAUACUGUGACAACCUGGGAUACAGGCAUUGAUGUUAAUGUUCUUAAGUUUGUUGGUGUCAAAUCUGUGGCAGCUCCCACUGAUUUUACCAUUCAUCCAACCAUCCAAAAGACUCAUGUAGAUCGACGGCGCCAAAAGGUGGAAGAAGGGGUGGACCUAGACUGGGCCACUGCAGAAGCUUUGGCCAUUGGGUCUCUUUUGUACCAAGGUUUCAACGUACGUAUCAGUGGUCAGGAUGUAGGACGUGGCACUUUUAGCCACCGCCAUGUCAUGCUGGUUGACCAGGGUACUGAUGAUAUCUACAUACCUCUUAACCACAUGCUGGACAAGCAGCAAGGUUUUUUGGAGGUGGCACACAGUAUUCUGUCAGAAGAGGCGGUGCUGGGAUUUGAGUAUGGAGCAAGCAUUGAGACACCAAACCUGCUACCUCUCUGGGAGGCUCAGUUUGGGGAUUUCUUCAAUGGAGCACAGAUCAUCAUUGACACUUUCGUUAGUGGUGGAGAGUUAAAGUGGUUGCUGCAGAGUGGCCUUGUGAUGUUGCUUCCUCAUGGGAUGGAUGGCGCUGGACCAGAGCACUCAUCAUGCCGCAUUGAGAGAUUCCUUCAGUUAUGUGACAGCCAUGAAGAUUCUAUAGAUGGAGACAAUGUCAACAUGCAGAUAGUGCAUCCCACCACUCCUGCUCAGUAUUUUCAUCUGCUUCGUCGACAGAUGGUGCGAAACUUUCGAAAGCCACUUAUAGUUGCAUCACCCAAGGUUCUUCUACGGUCGCCUGUAGCAACUUCAUCUUUAGCAGACAUGCUGCCAGGAACUCAUUUCCAGCCUGUCAUUGGAGAUAACACAGUCAGCCAGAAGGCUGUGAAAAAAGUGAUUUUCUGCUCAGGGAAGCAUUUCUAUACGCUGGACAAAGAGAGACAAGAAAAGGGAGUAAAUGACAUUGCAAUCAUCAGGCUCGAGAGUUUGUGCCCAUUUCCUGCCAUGGAGAUCAAAAAGGAGCUUGACAAAUACUCUGAGGCAACAGUGUUUAUUUGGAGUCAAGAAGAACACAGAAACAUGGGACCUUGGGGAUUUGUGUCGCCACGUUUUUCAAACAUCCUAGGCAGGCAGCUUCGAUAUGCAGGACGUGAGGUGCUAGGUACGCCAGCAGUAGGCAUUGGAGACAUGCACAAAUCAGAGUUGCAGAAACUACUGGAAGACACAUUCCGAUGAUGAUCUUCAAGUGUGAAGACAAUAUUCUGACUGACAUAUACGGACUCCCGGUGUUCAUCAUACCUCUUUCUUACUGUUGGCCAUCCGUAUGCGGAAGUAUGUGAUGCCAAACUCUGGCAGUGACUGCCAGGCCUUAAUGUAGGCCAUUUUGGCUUCAACCAGACCCAUUUCUUGCACAUUGGCAUGGGCUUCCAUAAUUCGUUGAACAAUCUGCAAUGCAAAGAAGAAAGGAAGGUAAAUCAGACUAUAUCACACACAAAAAAAGUAAGAGAAAAAAGAAAA